UUUGAGGAGUGUAUAUUUUUAUUUUUUUAAAAUCAUGUAUGUAGAUGAUUUAAGAAAUAAAUAAACCUUGAUUAUUUAAUCUUAACAUGUUGCAGAGAUUGAAAUGUAUACCUUAAAAUCAAAUUACAACUACAUUUUUGGCUCAUUAGUUUAAAAAUUGGAAGCUUCCAGAAGUGAAACAUAUGAUACCUUUUCAAUGUUAACAUACCCAAGGUGUUCAUUUCAUGUAUAUAUUCUUUACACAACACACAACAUAAUAAUGACAAAUACUGAAAUCUUAAUACGCAUUCAUGUAUAAUUGUACAAAUGUUACGUGAAAUAAAAGACAAGACUAUAAAAGAUUACAACAAUAAUCCUGUUAAAGAAAGAGUUUUAUCUUCAAAUUUAAAAAUGGAUCAUCUUAAAACAUUCACAAUGCCAAAUCUAAGACCAUUAUCUUCUUUGAGUUUUUCAAGUAUGCAAAGUAGUGAAGGAUACAAUAAUGAAGAUGAGGAUGCAAAUGAUUCACUGUCUAAUGCAGGGAAUUCAAUGACUCCUGAGUCUGUUGAGAGUUGUGAAAGCAAUGCCCACAAAGACUUAUGCGACAAUACCCAACUCAGACAACUUGACAAUGAAUCAGGAAUCAUAAGUGAUCAUGCUUUGAUAUGUAACUCACCACCACUUAAUACAAAGUUAAACAAAUUCCCAAGACCAAUUUCAUACAAGCAUGGUGAUGAAGGAUUUCAACCACUUUCCAAUAAGAAUUCUAUAAUUGGAGUAAAUGAUACUUCUUCCAAAUUUAUACAUGAUGGAUCUAAUAAUGUGGUUGAUAAAUAUUCAUCAUCUUACAAUGGAUGUUUUUCUUCAAUCAAAAGUUCAUCAAGCUCCUUUAAUAAAAACUUCCAAGAGAUUGAUAAACAAUUACAAGAAUUGUUUGCUUACAUUGAAGCAUUCAAACCCCAAGAUAUCCAAAUUGGAACAAAAUUAAAACCAUUCUAUCCCAAUUUUAUACCGGCUUUAGGAUCGGUCGAUGAAUUUAUUAAAGUUCCACCACCAAAUGGUCAAUUUCAAAAUUUGGGAUUAGAGGUGUUGGAUGAAGAUGGGCCAAAACAAACUGAUCCAUCCAUUCUUGCAUUGCAACUUUGUUCAACAUCCAUGCAAAGUAAUUUUCAAGCAUUUAAUGUCACAUCCAUUGAGAAUGUUGAGAAAUGUCCUGAUAAAUUGGAUUCAUGGAUUGAUAGUAUUAAAACUUUUCAUCGGAUGAGACCGCCGUGCACUGUGUUGUAUUCUAAGCCAAUGCCUGAUAUAGAAAAAUUAAAACAGCCCUGGCCUGUGGAAAUUGACAAAGUCCUCAGUGAAAUUAAACUGCCCUCAGCGAAUUUAGAUGUAGACCUUGCUACCUAUAUUGAUAUUAUAUGUGCAAUAUUUGAUAUCCCCAUGUAUCAGAGCAAAAUAGAGACACUCCAUGUUUUAUUCAUGUUGUAUUUGGAAUUUAAAAGCCAAUCCAACGAUAUGAUUUUUUCGCCAAUUUAAUAAAAUAAUUGGACAAAUUCAACAAACAUUUUAUAUUUGUUUUGUAUGAUUUCUUUUUAUAGCGGUUCUGUUAGUGUUUUGUACAUUUUUGUUGGAAAUAAUUUUAUUUUCACGUUAUGUGACAAAACAUGAAAACUUUAUGCAGUCUGUUCAGAUUAUGCAACUUUGUUUUGUUUUUUUUUGUUUUUUUUUUUUAAAAUUGAAAUAAAAAGAAUGAAUUAUAGUUCUUUUGGAGAUCUUAGAAUAUUUUUAAUGGAUACAAAGUUUUGUGAAUGGAAACAUUUUUGUAAAUUUUCUAAUACAGUCAUGUGCAUGUA